AUGUUAAGGCUUGAACAUCGCUCCGUCAUUAAACAAGAAGCUAUUAACAGACAUAGACAGAGGGAGCUCAAAGGCGGUGAACCCAACAAGAGGCUGGAAGAGGUUGAGCUCAGACCACCGCGAGUCGACCAAGAUCGAGUUCAGGAGGUAGACACCGACGACGAAGAGGCAGGAGACUUUGAUGGAUUUGGUGGAGGAGACGGCUUCUCUGAUUUCACCAAACGCUUGCCGGACGACUGUAUUGAAUAUACUAUCUUCGUCAUCGAUGCCAAACUCAAGACUGAUUUUGCGCGGCGAGAAAAACUGAAAGCCAUCCAAACUGCGGCCGUUGGACUUCUCAAAUCAGCGGAUCUCAAGAACUAUAUCUGGCAGCGCGAGAAACUCCAGUUAGAUUUGAUUGACGCCAGACUUGACUCCAACACCAGCGGUACAGACGACACACCUCAUGAAAAUUUACAAAUCCCCGGCCACGAGUACUAUCUCCACGGACGCACCAAUUUUGGCGAUUCAAUAGCAGAUGAAUGGCUCAUCGUGUGGUUGCUGCUAGAGCUGAGCCAACGGAAUCCCUCAGCAUGGUUUCAAGUCCGCGAUCCGGACGGCGAGUUCUUGCUUGCCGAAGCAGCACACGCGCUGCCAAAAUGGCUGGAGCCCGAACUGGCCGACAAUCGCGUUUGGAUCCAUGGUGGUCAACUGCACAUCAUACCGCUUCAACGAAAUGCCGGCUCUGGAGCGUCAGGACCUGUCACUCCUGGCCUGUCCGGUGACAUCGAAAUAUCACAGGCACUACAAUUCCUGCGGCAGACUCCGCACUCGACGUUACAUUCGCCCAUGAUCGAAGAAGAAGCUUUCCAUCGGUUGCGAGAUCACCCUGCUGCCAUUACGAAAAGCCAACACAGCGCACUACUCUCUGUACCCCGUCGACUCGCAUAUCUGCUUCAUCGUAACCCUGCCUAUGUGGCCCCAGCUGUCGAAGCAUUCUAUCUUCGCGACCCUAUUGCCGUAAGACCACUCGCCACAAAGGACACAGCCACACUUCUCUUCCCACCCGAGGACUUCGUCACAACAAGCGUCCGCUUUCCCAAAGUCGGCUACGCACAACUCGUUAGCCAAGAAUUUCCUCCGCCGCCAGCUUGGGUGGGUAUAACGCCACACAUCCACCAAAAGCCUGUUCUGCUAGGCAUGAAGCUGUCAUGCGGUUUCGAGAUGAUGCUUCGUGAUCCGCAGAACAAGAACAAGCGUGAGGUCAGGGAGAUGAAUAUGUUACUUGAGGACGUGGAGGAAGAGGAAGAUACACUACCAUCAGAUGAGGAGAUCAAGGCAUGGCCACAGACAAAUGAUGACGACAAAUGGCUCGACAUUGACUUCAAAGACUUCGACAAGGAGCUUAAGGGCCGUAGUGGUGGCGCAGCAACAGACGACAUGCCCGAGGGCCAAGGCUUUGGCGAUGAGUCGACACAAAAGGAUCUGCAGGACAUGGUUUCACGCUUCGAGAAGUUCCUCAACGAAGAUGAAGAGACCGGUGCUGAAACAUUCUCUUCGGGCUCUUCUUCGCCGUCUGACUCCGAUGGUGACGACGACGACGACGACGACGACGACGAAGGCGAAGACAAGGCCGCCUCUUUCACGGACGCUGAAUUCGAGCAGGCAAUGCGCGAGAUGAUGGGUAUGCCCGACACAGAGAAAGAGACCAACGGCUUGAACACUGAAGCUAGAAAAUUGGCGCUUGAGAUGGAAGACGAAGAGGAGAUGGAGCGAGAUGAUGAGAAAGAGGCUGAGCAAAUCUGGAAGAUGAUGCAAGAAAUACAUGCGUCGAGAAAGAACGGCACUGAUGAGAAGACCAAGGAGAAGGGUAAGGGCAAGGGCAAGUCAUUCACGCCACACGCUGCGCCGGACACGAAUGCUGCUGGUAAGAACGUCAGAUUCGAGGACAAAGUCCGUGAAGAUAUCGAAGGAAGAAAUAAAGGGAAAGGCAAGGGAAAAGCAAAGGCACAGCCGGCGACGAUAGACGAUGAGAGCAGCGAUGAUGAAGACCUGCUUGCUGGAGAGGAAGGUGAUCCACAUUACGAGAUGCUGAAGAACAUGCUUGAGAGUUUCCAGGGUCAGGGCGGCAUGGCUGGUCCAGCUGGCAACCUAAUGGGCCUAAUGGGCAUGAGCAAGUUGCCAAGAGAACAGCUUUGCGUAGUCGUCUUGCAGAAUUGGAGCACGCCGAGUGCGGGCUUGAGUUUCACCCACGUCUCUCUUCUCAUACACGGACACGCCUUUUCACACCGACGCGACUUCUCUCCUAGGAUCUCCAUGGUCAUCACCAACAGUUCCAUCUCCUUUCUUUCUUUUCUCUCAACAUCGACCACAAACAUGGCCUGCUUUACAGAUCUGCCAACGGAGAUUCGACUAAUCGUCUAUGGCUUUCUGCUCGUCGACCCAAUUAGAGAUGGAAAUCGCAUCGCCUUCACCAAGAUAACACGGAGUCGCUCUCGCUGCACACAAGCUGAACAUCCCGACAAUGAGAUUCACUCGGCUGAGCACUGCCAUGUUGACGUCCCAUCCUUCACAUACCACCACCGCGACUUCCCGGAUCUGACCUCUCUCGCACACGUCAACAAGAAAAUCUACGCGGAAGCAAGUGAAACCAUCUACAACGACGCAGAUCUUGUUUAUGCAUUCGGAUGGCUCCCAUUUGUCGGCAAAACUCAAGAUCCUGCGUCAGCUUUCAUACCUCUGCUUCAAUAUCUCGAUCACUCCAACUCUUUGAGAUUUGGUAUGAUCCGUUCACUCGUCAUCAACAACACAUCUGGAACUAUGACUGCUGAUGAUAUGAAGUUCGUUGUCGACCUUGUCAAUCAGCGCUUGCCGAAAUUGCGCGUCUUCGGUUUCCAGAAUGGAUCCUCGACCAAGCCAGUCUCGCCGCCUGAUUGUCGCCGCACUUUCACGAAGACUAUUUGCCAGGCUCAUUCGAUUGUACAGCCAAUGUUGUUACUCAAAACUGACAUCCGCUUGUUCAUCGACAUAUCGCUGCACCCAGAACUCGCUCUGACAAGAUUCGCUCUGACAAGCCCGAUCUUGAAUCGGACAUAUGGCGAUAUCAGACAGCGGUUUGCCGAAAGGCUUCUGUCCCUCAUACUGCUUGUUCGCAGGGUCCGCCAGGGUUUAAGACAACUGGAUACCCUGACUUUGAGCGAAGGUGUAGACCUUUGGGUCACAUCGGCGAUUCGUACCACGCCGGCUAAGCAGGAGUCAGUCUGCAGGAAGACCGAGACUUUUCAGGAAGACUUAGAGUCCUGCCUCAAACUUCACAAUGUGCUCUGGGCGCACAAAGACCUGGCUCGAUUAAUUAGGGAGGCUGCACAAGAGUUCGAGUGA